CCGCCAUAAACUACGCACCACCAAAUCCCCUGCCAAAAAAGAGAAUGAGAGUUGUGGUUCGUUAAGGCUCCACCCUUCCUUCUCCUUCGGCGGAUAGGCCAGGCCAUUGAAAGCUCUGAAGAAAGUAGAGAGAGAAAAAAAAAGACUGGAGAGAGAGAGAGGUUGUUAGAGAUAGAAAGAGAAAGUUUAGGUGAGGAAGAAGAGGAAGGAGAGAUCAUGGGCAGAGAAGGGAGCUUGCCGGGUUGGCUCGGGGGACUGGUGGAGGAGAGCUUCUUCGUUGGGUGCGGGACCCACGAGAGCAUGAAGAAGAACGAGAAGAACAUAUUCUGCCUCGACUGCUGCACCAGCAUCUGCCCUCACUGCGCACCCUCUCACCCUUCCCAUCCCCUCCUUCAGGUGAGGCGUUAUGUGUACAAUGAUGUAGUGAGAUUGGAUGAUCUUGAGAAGCUCAUCGACUGCUCCUUCGUUCAGGUAUAUUAAUUUACUUAUAAUAGUGCAAAGGUAAUCUUUUUAAAGCCAAGGCCUCAAUCGAGGCCGUUCAAGGGUUCUGGUAAUAUUUGCCUCAGCUGUGACAGAAUUCUCCAAGAGCCUUUUCACUACUGCUGCCUCACCUGCAAGGUUGAGCAUGUGGUGAUGCAGGGGGCUGAUUUAUCAAGCAUACUGUUCCGAUUCGAUGAAUCCGACUUUGCUUUCACCCAUUUUGAGAGCCUGAGGAUGGAUGGCUCCGAUUUGCUUGAAGAUGACGGUGCCGGCGGCGGCCAGAUUACGCCGAAUUCCAUCUUGGAAGAUCCGCUGCAGUACAAAGGGAGCAGUGGGGGAUCAAGUGCUAUUGAUGGUGCGAGAGGUGCUGUUGGUAGGAGUGAUGCGGUGAAGAGAAAGAAGAGCGGAGGUGUUGGAAGUGGUGGUGGCGGCGGCGGCGGCGGCGGCGGUGGUGGCAGUGGCCGGAGUUUCUUUCCAGGAAUAGUGCUGUCUCUGAGUAACCGUAGGAAGGGUGCUCCUCAUAGGUCUCCGCUUUCUUAAAAUCGUUAAUGGAAGGGAGUCUUAGGUUAAUGAAGUUAGUUUAGGUACUAGUGUUUGCAUGUUGAUUUGUUUUGUGGUAUCAAAUUACUGUAGAUUGUAUUGCCAAGAAUGCGCCUGCUAGCUCAGUUAUGGGGGGUAUUUAGGGCAUAAAUGUAAUGGUAUUUUGUUGUUUGGGGGGAAUGGGUAAUUUCCAUCACCUUCUAGGUGGGCACAGCAGGUCAUAUUUGAGGCUGCAGUGGCUGCCAAUUUUGUAUUUAGGUGAUGGAAUAUUAAAUACUUCUACAUCAUGAAUAUGAAUAUAUAAUAUAAUAUUUAUGUAGAUUUC